GCUGGUCUUCGUUCUGCUCUGGUUCGGGUCCUGGCUGCUCCUCAACGGCCUGGUUCUGGUCCACAGGAGGAUCCUGUCUGACUUCUGCACGGAUGACCGGAGCAAGAAGAUCCUGCAGCGGCUGUGGUGAUGAUCUACAACAGGCUGCAGACGCCAUCAAGACCACCAGGAAGUGCUCUGGGAACAGUUGUCUUCCACACAUCAUGCACAACCUUGACACUUUAACGUAAUGCAAAUCUUCAAAUAUUACACCCUACAGGUGCCAUAGCAUAGGAUUUGUCACCAGUUGUAAAUCGGUGACUAAAUUGUCCAUAGGUAUGAAUGUGAGUGUGAACGGUUUGUCUCUUUGUGCCCUGCGAUUGGCUGGCGACCAGUCCAUGGUGUACCCCGCCUGUCGCCCGAAAUCAGCUGGGAUAGGCUCCAGCAUGCCCCGCAACCCUAAUGAGGAGAAGCGGUAUAGAAAAUGGAUGGAUGGAUGUAAAUAAGAUCACCAUAGUGUAUUGGAAGUGUGUUGUCCAAACUCUCGCCUUGAUGCUGGAAUUUAGGGAACACGCCGUUUUGUGUGUGUGUGUGUGUGUGUGUGUGUGUGUGUGUGUGUGUGUGUAGCUUUAAUGCUAAUUAGCUGUGUUUGUCUUCGACAGAGUGUGUGUCUCCAAGAAGCGCUAGUGUGCACUUUGUCCACUUUUUGACAAAUACACUGUAACGCUUAUCCAACUAAUAGAUGUCAUAUAUCACGUACAACAACGUAACAUUAAAUGUUUGCAACACUAGCAUAGCCAUAUCAGCUAAAGUGCUAACAUUGCACUCCCAUUGUAAAAGCAACAUCAUGUUAGGUUAGCCUAUUUCAAACUUACAGUUCCCACGUCUGUAGCAGACUGACAGAUAAUUGGCAAAGCUCCGAGCUUUAUUUUAAGAUGUGUAGCGGAGCCAUGGAAAAGGGUUUGCCUUCAUGACACCAUGAAAAAUUCCAACUUCAAAAGCAAGCCUUAGAGCGGCUCUUCUCUCAAAAGCCGAGCAAGCAAGUGAAGGAGAUGAAAGAUGUUUCUCCAGUUUGGUGGCUUCAGUGAUACAUAUAACAGUCGUCCCUCGUCACAUCGUGGUUUGAAUUCCGCAGCUUCACUAUGUCAUGGGUUUUCAAACAUAUAUUCAUGAAUAAAUCAUGCUGUUUUGUGGUUGAAUAUCAAAAAAUGUUGAAUGUUUUCUGCUUAUAUUAAGCACUGUCAAGCAUAAAAAUGGCAAAAUUAACUAAAACACAAAUCCAAGGAAUGAAAACAUUGUAUUAAAAUUGUGAAUGUAGUAUUCUACAUUGGUCACUAGGUGUCAGUAAUUGUUCAGCGAGACAAGCACCAGACCUGAUCGCUGGGAAAGAAGGCUUUAAAAUGACAUCUCAACAGGCACAAUAACAAUGAUAACAUAAUCAUAAUAAUGCCAACGCAGGCUGCUGUAACGGCCGUAAUUCAGCUAAAACUAAACUCUGAACCCCCAACGUCACUUCCUGUACACAUGCCCGGAAGACAGUAAUUGCAACACCUACGAGCACGAGUCAUAUUUAUGGCUUAAAUGGCUUCCUUAUCGCUAAUGUCUACGAUAAUGGGAAAUACGAAUGUAAAGCUGACUAUGAGUCAUGCCUACAGGCCUCUACUAAUGUUAAAAACUGUAUUUAGAAGAUCAUAAACAGGUUUUCUAUGCCAUAAGUACGAAAAUAUUCCAUUUAUAAAUCGGAAUCCUACUUCACUUAACAAGGUUGGGGCUGGAAUCAAUUAACUGCGAUAAAUGAGGGAUUACUGUACUCUAGCAUCAUUAAAAAGUCACUUUUGCAUAAUAGGGGACCUUUAAAGAUUCAGUCAAGAGGACAACAGUCAGUAGAAUUUAAAAAAAUAAUAAUGUACUUUGUUUUAAUGUCAUUUUUAGCUGUGGUGAAGACAAGAAGGGUGUGUUGGUGUUUUAAAUGGAGGGUGAGGUCAACUCGUCCUCCUACACUGUGUACUGUAUGUGUGUGAAUGCGAUCCAUUCAGCCCACACGUGUGGGUCGUCAUUCUUCUCAUGUGUUGAUCUUCAUUGCUGCACUUGACCUUUGAACUCCCGUCACUGUUCACCCUUCAGCCUCAUGAGGGCGCUUGUCAGGGACAGGAGGACCUCUGCCAUGUUAUGCUAACAUGUAAUCGGUCAGAGCAGGGGUGUCAAAACCUUUUCCACUGUCGCGUACUGAAAGAUCAAAAGAUUCCGAGGCCAUUUAGAUAUUUGUAUUUUUUGAAAAAGCAGGCUGAGACUAAUCCAUGUGGAUCAGCUAGGAACGACACCCCUCAGACUGACGGCGACAUAAGUGGUAGUCAGCACAGCCGAAGUCAAACCGAAACUAAACAUUGCUUGCACAUUUACUUGUGACUUUCACCAGAGGCUUAAUGAUAAGUUUGUUGAUGUUUUCCCCCCCCCCAUUUAAGCGUGUUUUUAUUUAGAUUCUUGUGUUUUCAUGUGAUAUUUUACACUUUCUUUUAUAAUUUGGUUGCAGGGCUUAACUACAAUGACAAUAAAGCUUUUGUGCAUGCGCAAAUCUUUCUUCUGGUGGCUCAAUAUUACCAUGCCUUUAUUUUGAAGCGUAUUUUGCACUGAGCAGGAAGUCGAUAAUGAUAAAGUUAACAAUGUUACAACGUAUGUUGACAUAAACAGAUGCAUUUUUCAUAGAAAUGACCUCCCAAAUUUUUACAUCGCCAAAAGCGGUCGACCGUGUAUGUUGAGGCCAGCGUAAGCAUUUUUAAAAAAAUAAAAUGAGACGAUGGAGCAGAACUUGAUGAGAUGGUUAACGUAGACAGGUUGUGGACAUAAGCCUAAUUAAUUAUGAAAACUGUCAGCUGUGUGUUAUAGGCUGUUUUCUGCAUUUAAAACUAAUUCAUCUGUAUAAAAUGUGGUUUUUGGGUGUCUGGAAGGGAUUCAUUGGAUUUCCAUUAUUUCUUAUGAUGUAUUAACUAUGUUAUUAGUAGGUUCUCGUUCAGGAAAAAAAUGUCUCGCGGGCACUCGACCCGGGGCAACAAUAAAUUCAUGACUCAAUCACACAAUAAAUGAAAAUGAACUCAGCCUCAAUACAUUGCCAUGAGCGUGCGUGUCUGUUUUCCUGGUCUCCUGCCUCCAGACAGGCAGGAAGAGGGUUCACUCCGUCCAUUGGGUUUCAGCACCUUGCCGUGUUUGUUCCAUAGAACUAUGACGUGCACGGAGUGAGCCCUUUUGUCAGUCAUACAGUCUCCAUGUCUCGAUAAGAGCGUGUAAGGUUGUAGAAAUUAAAUUAGUAGAUUGCAAGAUAUUGUCACAUAUUUUAAAAUCUUUUUUCAUUGUACUUUUCUUCAAAGUAAAGUAAAAAGUAGACCCAAUCUUGUGUAUGGCCUCAUCUCGUGACACCCCGAGUUAGAACAUUUCAACUUUUUUCUUGUUUCAUGAAGCCUUUUUGCUAGUUUUUUUCCAAUUUUUCUCUUGAUUUUUUAUUUUUAUUUUUUGCAUGUGGCCGCAGAUGGCCCCCGGGCCACACUUGGGACACCCUUGUGUUACAGCGACUGUCUCAUAUAUUACAUUACAAUAUUGUACUACGCUUGUAAACACACAUCAAAGGAGCAGAGUUUAGCCCUUUCACACAGCCCUGAAAAGCCGUUUUUUUCCCAGCGUGGGGGGGGACAAGUCCACCUGCCAUUUUUUCACAAUUAGAGGUAGUGUCAGUAGUCUCUUGCACACAGCGAUCUGCUAAAAUUAGUACAUCAGAGCUGUGACAAUAGAUUCUACAUUUACUCACCUGUGCCUUUCAAGGAGAAGCCAGUGAAGUACACAACAGGUCCCUGCAUUGUGGGGGUACCCAUCACCAUUCCUCCUCUAUCCAAAGUCAGAAAAAUGGCAGGUAGACUUUGUCCCCGUAUUUCCUGUUGGUGUUUUUGGUGACACCCUCUGUCCCGCCCAGUGUUCUGACUUUGGCCAAGGCUCAGCGGCGGGCGACAUGUGCACAGAUCUUUGCGUCCGUGGCCUGGUGGAGUACAAGCGCUGUCUCUACUACGAGAACGGCAAGAAGGUGAUGGAGGUCCACUGGAGAGGACAGCCCGUCAUCCUCAAGUCCAAACUGGAGAACUUCUCCUCCUAUGAGCCUCUGGGAGUUCUGGACUACCAGCAGGACACAGCAGAGGACGUGUCCUCUCUUGAUGUGGUUCUCUAUGCAACUCUGGAGGUCCGUAAUUGGCUGGGUUUGAUGGAGGAGAAAGGUGAUGAUGAAGGAGGAGGAGGACUUGCUAGUUCUUUGUCCAAACUGUGGAAUGGGAGGCUCAGGUCUGAAGACAAGACCUACUCCAGAGCUGAGCUGGCCUCCCUGUGGUCUCUGCUGCAGCAGGAGGAGUACACCUUCCUCAGGGUCCUGCAGGACCUCAGCACACAUGUGACCAAGGUGUUGGGUUCCUGUGGCCACUUCUACGCAGUGGAGUACCUGUCUGCAGGCCACGCCUGGGACCAGAACAUCUUCUCUCUGGAGGAGGUGGUCGGGUCCGGGCGCCUGGGGGCAUGGAGUGCUCGCCAGAAGGUCCACCGCAUCGCACUGAGCUUUCUGGACAUGGUGAACCACUUUGAAAACGACUUCACGCACAGAGUCCACCUGUGUGACAUCAAACCGGAGAAUUUCGCCAUCAGGAAGGACCUGACUGUGGUGGCCAUCGACGUGGACAUGGCCUUCUUCGAGCCCAAGAUGGAGGACAUCCUGGACCAGAACUGCAGCACCGAUGACGACUGCAACUUCUUCGACUGCUCAUCCUCGUGCAACCUGAUGAAAAGACGCUGCAGCCGCCAUCGCUCCAACACCAACCUGCAGGUGAUUUGUGAGAAGAUCUUCAGGCUGUGGUUCUCCCCCACGCUGCUCGGGGCCAAAGCAGGGCUGCCCCUGCAGGUGGAGCUUCAGCGGGCUGUGCAGGAAUGUUCCGAGUCUGGUGUCGUGGACAGCGAAAGAGGCCGGGACGUCCAUCGGCGGCUCCUGAACAUCCUGACUCGCCUCCUCCAGGAGGGGGGAGGAGCUUCAGAAGAAGGAUGGCGCUGAACUUGUGAAGGACGUCACGUUUUUUUCCCAUCCAUUUCCUCAGUGAAAGUGUUGUCAUAACCGGUAUGUUGGAGACGGGAGGUACGGCAUCUUGUUUCAGGUCUGCACUCAAGGGUCUCCAUGAUGUCAUCAUGUGAUCGCUUUCUGUCAUCAUGGUGGCGGACUUCAAAGGCACCCUUCAAGCCUGCAAGACGAAGUUUGGGUCGCUACUUUCUCGUGAGAUUUCCUGAGGGAAUUUGUUCCCUGUGACCUCCAAACUCUUUCAUGGUUUCAGACGUUUUACAGGAGAAUAAAAUAAGCUGAACGGGUAUUUGCAAGUGCGCGGUCAAGGGUCACGAAGUCUUACCCUGAGCGUAGUCAGGUGACAACCCUCAAAGGUCAAAGAUCAAACUAACUUGGUGUCACGUUACUGUGGCCUCAGGCUCACUUUGACCUCACCGCAAGCCCCCCAGUCACCCCUGCCGACCCAGUCAGCUCAUUCAUCAAAACAAGGGUCAGGAAACUGGUUAGGGUGAGAACAGCUCGUUUACACUUUAGAGGGUGAAAGAGUUCAAUAACUAGCAAAAAAAAAAGACUCAGCAGAACCUCAAUCUAAUGCACUUCAUGAAGGAAUUCAGUAAAAUAAACUUAAAAAUUAUGUUUCUGAACGGCAUAUUGACCGCGGCAGCUACUUAUUGUGUAAAUGUGUUGAUGAGAAAACACACACACAGACAUGACGGAGUCUUCAACAAGUCAGUUACAAGUCCACACUUGAACUGAACACAGCAGUAUUUUGCGUGUUGCAGCGCCGCUCUGUGGCCAGUCAUCACACUUACAUGACGUGUGUGCGUGUGUUUAGUUUUUUUUUGUUGAUUCUAAAUGUUCUCUUUCACACACACACACUUUGUUUGUAUGCAUGCAGCUGUGGAAAUGUUUAAAUUAAAACAAUAAAUAUUAAGGAUUUUAUGUUGUGUCCUGAGUUGCUUCUACAGAUGCACUAUCGAAAGUGUCCUUACCGCCUCCAUCACUGUUUGGUACGGUAACUGUACAACACGUGAUAGGAAGGCACUCCAGCGGGUGAUCAAGACCUCACAGAACAUUGUUGGGGCAGCCCUCCCCUCACUGCAAGACAUUUAUAAAUCUAGAGUCCUACGAAGAACACACAACCUCAUCAAGGACAGCACACAUCCACAACACUCAUUAUUCACACUCCUACCGUCAGGCAGACGCUACAGGAGUUUGAAGUCCAGGACCACAAGGCUGGCAAACAGCUUUUACCCACAGGCCAUCAGGCUUCUCAACGAAGCACUCGCACACGCCGCACGCAACACACGCACACACUCAUAGCACUUUAUUUAUUUAUUUAUUUAUUUGUAUUAUUUGCUUGUAUUAAUGUCUCUUCUGUUGUUGUUGCUUAAUUUAUUGGUAUAUAUGUUUAUGUGUUUAUGUUUCUAUGUUCUUAUUCUUUCUCGUGUUUCCUUUCUUUUCUUGGGAGUAUGAACAGAAUAAGAUUUUCAUUGCAUGGUAUAACUGCUGUUUUACCAUGCACAUGACAAUAAAAC